AUGUUCCUCCAAAAGGCUCUGAGCGCAGUAGCGCCGUUGAAUGUUCUAGCGAGGGCUCAUAAUUCCACAUCAGGGCCAUCGACCGAUAGGUGGCCGAGCGGCUUGCACCUGGCGGUGGAUUACUACCCGUCUCAAUGGCCCGAGUCAGCUUGGGAGACGGACAUUUCACAGAUGCGGGACAACAACAUCUCCUAUGUUCGCGUGAAUGAGUUCGACUGGCACAUUCUUGAGCCAACAGAAGGACAAUACAACUUCACCCUCCUGGAUACGACACUUGAGCUGCUUGAGAGGUACGGUCUCAAGGCUAUCGUUGGCACCCCAACUGCAUCGCCACCAAAUUGGUUGACGGAGAACUACGAUGUCAACUUCGUGGAUCGUACCAAUACGACUCUGAUCUUUGGCUCUCGUCGGCACUACAGCUUUUCUUCGUUUGAUUACCGGAACCUCAGCCAAGGUAUCACGACCAAAUUAGCUCAGCGAUAUGGAAGCCACCCUGCAGUGGUAGGCUGGCAAUUGGACAAUGAGUUUGGAUGCCACGACACUGUGCGCAGCUACGACCACAAUGCCAUCACGAGGUUCCGUACCUGGCUGGAGGAGAAGUAUGGAACUAUCGAAAAUUUGAACAAUGCUCAAGGCCGAGUGUUCUGGUCGGAUCAAUAUGAAAGCUUUGAAACCAUCCAACCUCCGUUCCUCGAGAUCUACACCAAUAACGAACUGCACACGCUCGACUGGUACACCUUCUCUUCAGAUAUGGUCAUAGAGUUCGCCAAGGAGCAGACGAAUAUCAUCAGACAGUACGCUCCGUCGCACGCAAUUACACACAACUUCAUGAUGGGAUACAGUGACUUUGACCAUUACAAGUUUGCUCGAGAGGUAGGCAUUGACCUUGCAACUUUCGAUCAGUACGCCCUUGCUGGCCCGAGCACAUUCUCCUGGUUGUCCGACCAGGAGCUGUUCGAGACGCUGCGCACCGGCCUGCCCGAUUGGCAAGCGCUACAUCAUGGUCUCUACCGAGGCGUCUCUGGCGCAGCUUACAAUAAAACAGCGGGACCAUGGGGUGUGAUGGAAAUGGAGCCUGGUGUACUAAAUUGGAACCAAUAUCGCGUGAGCCCGUGGACUGGCAUGGUAAAACUCUGGACUCUUGAGGUUUUUGCGUCGUCGGGAAGUCUCGUCAACUAUUUCCGUUGGCGUCAGGUCCCCUAUGCUCAGGAGCAGACACUGUCUGGGCUACACUUGUCAGACUAUACAGCAGACGAAGGGCUCGAUGAGGUCCAGGAGCUUGUACAAGAGCAACUGCCCAAGCUCCGAGAAGCCGUAACCGUAGACGAGCCACAAGCCGAUAUCGCUUUCGUCUUCGACUAUGCUUCAGUCUGGACCUGGGCAAUUGAGCCUUACAGUGGCAGUUGGGAUGUCAAGAAAGCAGGGUAUACAGAUACGGUGGUGAACUACUGGGAUCUUGUUUAUAUCUUCUACUCAGCCAUCCGCCGACUUGGACUGUCUAUUGACGUCAUCGGACCCGAUCAGCCUCUCGACGGCUACAAGCUGGUCGUUGUGCCAAGUCUUCCCAUUAUCCCGGAGGCGUUUAAUGCUGCAAUUGCGAGUUACUCGGGGCCUAUAGUCUUCGGGCCCCAUACUGGAUCGAAGGACGCCAACUUCGCAACUGUCACCGGCCUCAACCCUGGCAACGGUGCAUUGGGCGAUAGGUUGCCUACUCGAGUCACACGCGUUGAGACUCCGCCGAGUUACGCGGGCAGUGGAGUCCUAUAUGGAGGAUCAAACUAUAGUAUCGAUGGCCGCGAGGAGUGGAUCGAGUGCAGGAGGGCCAAUCUGACCAGCAGCGCGACCGUGACAUAUACCUCUCCGCAUCGACCGGGAAAGCCUGCCGCGUGCGAAAAGGACGGUGCCCACUAUCUGGCUUUCAAGCCUUCUACCGAUUUCCUGGUUGCCUACCUGGGAGACGUCGCGGCCGGAGCGAAUAUCACGGCCUUGACUGGCAUACUGGCAAGCAAGGAUAAUGAUUUGGGAAGCUCUCUGAGGUUGCUGAGAAGAGGCAAUUUGGUCUGGGCAUUUAACUAUGGCACAUCGGCUGUAGCGGCACCUACGAUUGAAAACGCUGAGUUGCUAAUUGGAGAACUGGGCGACAUCCCGGGUGCCGGUGUCGUGGUAUGGAAGUUGCAGAGUUAG